AUGGUGCGCUCAUCACUUGUCCUGUCGCUCGCGGCGGCGGCGUCGUCGGUCCUUGCCGCAACGGACGCGCCCGCCCAGGACAUUGUUCCCGGCGCGUACAUCAUCGAGAUCAAGGAGGGCCAGCAGGACCCCCGCGCCGUCUACAACGCGGUGGAAAAGGAGGGCAAGACGCGGCUCAAGCUCGACUUUGAGCUCUUCAAGGGCGUGUCGGUGCAGAUGGACGACGUGAAGAAGGCGCCCAAGAAGGCGGCCGAGAUUGCAAACAUGCCGGCCGUCAAGAACAUGUGGCCGGUGCGGCUGUAUAACAUGCCCAACCCAAAGGUCGAGUGGAUCGGGACGACGCCGCGGGGGCCGGCGGGCGUCGUGGCCGAGCGGCGAGCCGUGGGCCACCCGAACAAGACGGGCGACAGCUUCUCGCCGCACACGAUGACGCAGGUGGACCGGCUGCGGGCCAAGGGCAUCACGGGCAAGGGGGCCAAGAUUGCCAUCAUCGACACGGGGAUCGACUACAAGCACCCGGCGCUGGGCGGCUGCUUCGGCAAGGGCUGCCUGGUCUCGUUCGGGACGGACCUGGUGGGCGACAACUACAACGGCAGCAACACGCCGGUGCCCGACAACGACCCGAUGGACUGCGGCGGGCACGGGACGCACGUGGCGGGCAUCGUGGCGGCGCAGGCCGGGCCCGGCAACAGCUUCGGCUUCACCGGGGCGGCGCCGGACGCGACGCUGGGGGCCUACCGCGUCUUCGGCUGCAAGGGCCAGGUGUCCAACGACGUGCUCAUCGCCGCCUACAACCGCGCCUUCCAGGACGGGGCCAACAUCAUCACGGCGUCCAUCGGCGGGCCCAGCGGCUGGUCCGAGGAUCCGUGGGCCGUGGCCGUCUCGCGCAUCGUCGAGCGCGGCGUGCCCUGCACCGUCUCGGCCGGCAACGAGGGCGACCAGGGCCUGUUCUACGCCAGCGGCGCCGCCGACGCGAAGAAGGUCAUCGGCGUGGCCUCGUUUGACAACACGCUCACGCCCACGCUGCUGUACGGCGUCCGGUACGCCGUCGACGGGGGCGACGACGUCGGCUUCGGCUACGUGCCGGCCAACCCCCAGGCCUGGGACAAGGUCACGCUCGACCUCUGGGCCACCAGCCUCGACCCGGCCGUCAAGGACGACGCCUGCUCGCCGCUGCCGGCGGGCGGCAACACGACGGACCUGGCCAGCAAGAUUGUGCUGAUCCGGCGCGGCUCGUGCCCCUUUACCGACAAGGCGACCAACGCCGCGGCCCGGGGCGCCCGGUACAUCAUGUUCUACAACAACGUCGCCGGGGCGCUGUCGACGGACCUGUCGACGGUGCCGCGGAUCCUGGCCGGCGGCAUGGCCACGGCCGAGGUCGGCGAGGCGUGGGUGGCGGCCCUGCGCGCGGGCAAGCGCGUGACGCUCAAGAUGGCGAGCCGCGACAAGGCGCAGAGCAGCCUGCUGUCGGUGCCCAACAACGUCACGGGCGGCGCCCUCAGCACCUACACCAGCUGGGGCCCCUCGUGGGAGAUGGACCUCAAGCCCCAGGUCGGCACCCCCGGCGGCAACAUCCUGUCGACGUACCCGCGCGCCCUCGGCAGCUACGCCGUGCUGUCCGGCACCUCGAUGGCCUGUCCGCUGGCCGCCGGCAUCGUCGCCCUCGUCGCCCAGGUCCGCGGCACCUUCGACCCGGCCCUGAUCGAGAACCUGCUGUCGGCCACGUCGCGGCCCCAGCGCUUCAACGACGGCGCCAAGUUCUACGACUACCUGGCCCCCGCGGCCCAGCAGGGGGGCGGCCUGGUCCGCGCCUUCGAUGCCGCCUACGCCACGACCCUGCUCGAGCCGUCGGGCCUGUCCUUCAACGACACGGACCACUUCGUCACGGCGCUCAACUUCACGCUGAGCAACAGGGGCAGCGAGGACAUCACGUACAGGCUGUCCCACGUGCCCGCCGUCACCAUGUACACGCUCAAGGCCGACGGCUCGCGCUUCCCGGCGCCCUUCCCCAACGACGCCGUCGAGUCUCCCGCGACGGUCAGGCUGAGCGAGGACUCGGUCCGCGUCGCCCCGGGCCAGUCGGCCUGCAUCGACGUGCUGCCGACGCCGCCGCAGGGCCUCGACGCCAAGCGCCUGGCGCUGUGGUCGGGCUGGAUCGCCGUCAACGGCUCCGACGGCUCGUCGCUGUCCAUCCCCUACCAGGGCCUCACCGGCUCGCUGCACGCCACGCAGGUGCUGGGUGCCGCCGACACGUGGAUCGCCCACUCGACCGACACCAAGCUCAAGCCCGUCGCGGCCAACACGACCUUUACGCUGCCCGGCCCCGGCAACGCGGCCCCGGGGACGGACCUGCCGGCGCUCGUGGCCAACCUGGCGCUGGGGUCGCCGCGGAUGCGCGCCGACAUUGUGCCCCUGACGACGUGCCCGCCCAACAUGACGACCGAGGUCUGGGGCGUCAAGACCAUUGGCCAGCCCUUUGGCUUCCCGUCCAAGUGGAACACGCGCGGGCCGGGUUCCUUUCCCUGGGACGGCCGCCUCGACUCGGGCAACUACGCGCCCCCCGGCAAGUACAAGUUUGUGGUGCGCGCGCUGCGCAUCUUUGGCAACGCCGCGAACAAGGCCGAGUGGGACGUGAGCGAGUCCGCCGCCGUGCGCAUCAAGUAUGCGUGA